GGAGCUUCUAUCCAUUCAUACUUGAUCUAUACACACCGCACUGUAUGCAUUAUUCAUCUAAAGAAGAAAGGGCUUCUUGAUUUUGGACUCAGAUAUCCUUUGAUCCAUUAUAGCUGGAAUCAGAUCGAUCUGCAACAAGAAAGUCUGUCAUGAUCAUGAUCUCAGAGACUUGGCCGAUCACCUUGUGCAAGAAUUAACGUUGCAAGUGUUUUAGUUGUGAUCUCACAGAAGAAAUAAUCAACUUUUCAUUUUUGAAUACAUCGAUUGUACAAAAAAGAAACGAUGGGGGAGGCUGUUCUUGGUGCAUUCCUCCCGGUGCUGCUUGAGAAGUUGGCGGAUCAAGAGAUCACUGAGUACUUCGGACGCCUUAAGGGGGUCGACAAAAAGGUGCUGGAGAAAUGGACUAGAACGUUGAGGGCCAUUGAAGCGGUGCUGAGUGAUGCUGAGGAGAAGCAACUAACACGAAGAGCAGUAAAGAGUGGCUGGAUGAUCUCAGUAGAUUUGUCUUACGAUCUUCAAGAUGUAUUGGACAUAUUUGAUACUAAAAUGCUGAAGCGGAGGAUAGAAAGACAACAAGGAAGCAAAAGCAAGUUAUGGAGCUCACUCUCUAAAGUUAAGUCCAAUUUUGGUCUGAACUCAGCAAUCAAGAAGAUAAGUGAUCGACUUGAGGAGAUAACCACUCGAGAGAAGCAGCUUGGUUUGAAGAAACUUGGAGUGUCUAAAAAGCCAUGGAAAAUGCCACCCACUACUUAUCAACUUGAUGGACCUGUGAUGGGAAGGGAUGAAGCAAAGGCUAAGAUUCUCUAUGAUUUGCUUUCAAAACAAGAGAAUUAUCAUGUGGUUGGUAUUGUCGGUACUGGAGGACUAGGAAAGACAACACUUGCUAAACAUGUAUUCAACGAUGCUGCAACUGGCCAGUUUUCCCCAAAAGGAUGGGUAUCUGUGUCAGACGACUUUGACAUUGUAAGGGUGGCAGCAGCCGUUUUGGAAUCAGUCACGUCCUCUCCAGUUCAGGAAUUGAAGGAGCUUAACUCAAUUCUGGAGAAGUUGAGUAAGGAAUUGGCUGGCAAGAAGUUUUUAAUUGUUCUUGAUGAUGUCUGGCACACUUGUAGCUAUGGUCAAUGGACUACACUGCAGGCCUCCUUUCGUGUUGGAGCAGCUGGAAGUAAGAUCAUCGUGACAACACGUGACGCCAAUGUCGCAAAUAUGAUGGGAGAUAGGAGCCCUUAUAACUUGAACCCGAUGUCAACAGAUAAAUGUUGGGAACUCUUUCAGCACCAUGCACAGUUAAAAAACAGACCCGAAGAUGUUGAGUUCCUUAAAGAGAAAAUUGUAGAAAAAUGCAAUGGGUUACCGUUAGCUGCAAGGACACUUGGUGGGCUUUUACGUUGGAAAAGACUAGAGGAAUGGGAAGACAUAUUAGACCACAAGAUGUGGACACUAUCAGACUCAGACCAGAACAAGAUGGAGGAUAUCCGUCCAGCAUUAAAACUGAGCUAUCAUUAUCUCCCUUCAACUUUGAAACGGUGUUUCUCCUACUGUGGAAUACUUCCGAAUGAUUAUGAAUUUGAGGAGAUGCAAUUGAUCCUUUGGUGGAUGGCGGAAGGUUUGAUUCCGCAGCAACCCAAAGAACAUAAGCAAAUGGAAGAUUUGGGACGUGACUAUUUUCAAGAGUUGGUGUCUAGAUCAUUAUUUCAAAAAUCAAGCAAAACAGAGUCGCGAUACAUAAUGCAUGACCUGGUUACUGAUUUGGCACGUUGGGCUGCAGGAAGUUCAUGUUGUAGAUUGGAGGAUAUGCAGAAUUAUGACUCGCAGCAACGUACAUGUUUGCCCAAGGUUCGUCAUUCGUCUUACAUUCUUGGAAAGUAUGAUGGGGUUAAGAAGUUCGAGGUCUAUUCUGAAGCUACAUCUUUGCGAACGUUCUUACCACUUUCACCUUCAUAUGAUCAUUAUCUGGCUCAGAAGGUUACUUCUGAUUUAUUGCCCAAACUCCAAUACUUACGACUCCUCUCUUUGAAAAGUUAUGAAAUAAUCGAGUUGCCAGAUACAAUUGGUGAAUUGAAGCAUCUACGGUAUCUUGAUCUCUCCCACACUGGGAUAAGAAGUUUGCCAGACUCGACAACAACUCUGUACAACUUGCAGACAUUGUUAUUGGAAAGUUGUCACCAGUUGAAGGCACUGCCCACAAGCAUGAGGAACCUAGUUAAUUUGCGUCAUCUCAACAAUUCAGAGACAUCUUCGUUGGAAGAAAUGCCUCCUCAGCUCGGUCAAUUGACUAACCUCCAAACAUUGCCUGAGUUUGUUAUUGGCAAAGGUAGUGGAUCAGGAGUAAGAGAGAUUGAGUCAUUAUUGCAUCUGCAAGGGACAUUGCACAUCUCAAGACUAGAAAAUGUGAUUCGUGUCGAGGAUGCCAGGAGUGCCAACUUAAAGAGCAAGGAAAGGCUUGAAGCCCUAUUUCUUGAAUGGUCUUCUUCGACUGUCUCAACAGAAGAUGCAGCAAUUGUGCUUGACAUGUUACAACCUCAUAGCAAGCUCAAAGAGCUCACCAUCAAAGGUUAUGGUGGAUUGAAAUUUUCAACAUGGAUUGGGAAUCCUUCAUUCACUAAAAUGGUGCGGGUAAAGUUAGAAGGUUGUAAUCAUUGUCAAUUCUUGCCACCAUUCGGACAGUUGCCUUGUCUCAAAGAACUUUGUAUACAAGAAAUGGAUGCAGUGGAGAGUGUUGGUGUUGAGUUUUAUGGAGAAGGUGACUUGUCGUUUCAAGCUUUAGAGACCCUUGAGUUUUGGAAUCUGAAAAAUUGGAAGAAUUGGUAUCCUUGCCAACAAAGUGAGGGGGUUGAAGUUUUCUCUUGCCUGAAAAGGCUUUCCAUCAGGGGCUGCCCCAAAUUAGAGGGUGAUUUACCAGAGAAUCUUGAUUCAUUAGCACAGCUUAGGAUAUAUGGAUGUGAGGAAUUGGUUGUUUCAGUAUCCAAAUACAGACAGCUUCAUGGAUCAAUCAUUGAAAAGUGCAAGAUGGUGGUGUACGACACAAGUACGAAUUGA